CCCGAGAUCCACGAAAAACAACGCGUUCAUACGGGCAUCAAUACAGUCACCAGCCUAUUAGAAAAAAUCAUUCACAACAACAAUGACGCCCUAAUGUCAGGAGAAAAAUGGACUGUCUUUGUAUGCAAACGCGACAUUCAACCCACGCAACUGUGCAACCACUUUAUCACCAUGUGUUCAUUGGCAAACGUCAAGCUUGUGCCCUUACCCGAGGGAGCUCAAUUAAAGUUAAGCGGUGCACUUGCAUUGACACGUGUGGCUGUUGUUGCAUUCAAAAUGGAGGAGGAGGAGGAGGAACGAUUGCGGUUAGCAGUGGACGAGGUACAGAAUAAUUAUCCUGAAUGGUUGGAUCGACUGGAUCACGACGGAGCAACACUGUAUCGACCUACGAACGUCAAGAUUUUACAAACGACUGCACCG